UAUUUGUCUCCCUUUCCUCUCCCAUCUCUCUCUCUCUCCCCUACCCUCUUCCUCUCCCUCUCCCUCUCCAAAAGAACACAAGAAAAAAAGGAAUAGAAAGAGGAAGAAGCAAGCCUUGGCUUUUGACUUGGUGAUGGGCAGUGGAAUUAUUCCCAGGAAUUAAUCCCUUUUUUAGUCCCAGAGAUUCAUUCAUUCAGACCAAGAGACGAAGAAAUAGUUGCUUGUUGAAUCUCCACUCCCCUCUUUUUUUUUUGCUCAAAAAUUUCCAAUCUUUCUCUUUUCCCCUGUUUGUUCGUGGGCGUGGGCGUGGGCGUGGGGAGAAGAGAGAAGAGGGAAGAGGGCGCCAUGGCGAAGAAGGAGGGACCUUGCGGCCAUUGCGGAGUCACAAGUACUCCUCUCUGGCGAAAUGGGCCACCAGACAAGCCAGUUCUCUGCAAUGCAUGUGGGUCGAGAUGGAGGAUAAGGGGUACGUUGGUGAACUACACACCGGCGCAUCGCCGCGAAGAUACUGGUGCUAGUGAAGCUAGACCUGACAAGCUGAAGCUCAAGGGACAGAAACAGCCCAAGAAAAGACCAAACCGCAGUAUAGUGAAGGAUGAACCAUGGUCUGAUCAGAACUUCUGGAAGAUGGGAAAUGCGGACACAAGCAAUCGAUCUGGUUCUGGAUCAGCGGUAUCAUAUUCAGAGAGUUGUGCCCCAUAUGGUUCUGUUGAUGCAAGGGAAAUGGCCGAUUCUUCCCUUGUGGAUCUGAAACAUACUAGUACUAGGUUCGUUUGUGAAUCUCCCCUCGCCUCUUUUAUUUGCUCGUCGUUGCUUUGCUUCCGCUGUGUGUUUGUUCGUCCCGUGUUUAAUUUGUUGGUUGAAGAAGAGAGAGGCAUGGUGAAGGUGAAGAAGGAGGGACCCUGCUUCCAUUGCCGAGUCAUGAGCAGCCCUAUCUGGCGAAACGGGCCACCGGAGAAGCCGGUGCUCUGCAAUGCGUGUGGGACAAGAUGGAGGAAAAAGGGUACACUGGAGAACUACACACCAGCACCACAAGUGCAGAGGAAACAACCCAAGAAAACGUCCGUCCGCACAACAGUGAAGAAAGAACCAUCUUCAGAUCACAACUCCUUGAAGACAGGGGAUGCUGCUGACACUUUUAGCAAUAAUCCAUCUGCUUUUGGAUCAGCGCUAUCCUAUUCAGGUUCAGCGCAAUCACAUGCUCAGGAGUCACUGGUACCAUCAAGAAAAAAGAGUUGCGUCGGUCGUCGUAAGCCGUCACCGCUGGAAACGCUUGUAGAGAAUCUCAACUCCAUAAUGCACGAAGAGCAGUUAUGUUCUGGUUCAGGGCUUGGUACCAUUCCAGGAUCCUCAGAGGAAGACCUACUGAUUUAUCAUAGCGAGACUCCCGCUAGCUGCUUUGAGAUUGGGUAUGGAAGCAUGCUUCUUACACAUCCAAACUCAGUAUCAGAAGCAAAUUCUGUUCCUGCACAUAGCAAGUCAUAUGCGAUAAGUCAGUCCUAUUUGGGGCCUGCCUCAUUUACUCUGCAUAGUGGAAGCAACGGAGCGAGGCAUGAACUUCAUUAUCCGAAGCAGCAUAUUCUGGAGAGCAAGAAAGUAGGAGGAAGGGGAGAGGCCUUACCAAGUCCACUAUGAGUUCUCUCAAAAGACUUUAUGAAAGCCAGCCUCAAAACUUCACAGAUGCAGGAGUGAGAGGAGGAACCAUGGAAAAGGCUUCUUCCAGAUCUGGGGCCAUGGCUUCUUCUCAGUUCAGAAUGCUGAAAUCUGGCAAUGCCA